AUUAGCAAUAUACGCCAGUGUCUGUCUGUGCCACUGAAUCAUCAAUGAAGAGAAGAGAGAGAGAAGAUCAUCACCAUAGCAAUACUGCACUUAGAAAGGGCACUUGGAGUGAAGAAGAGGAUCGCUUGCUCAGAGAAUAUGUAGACAAGUAUGGUCAAGGCAACUGGAAGCACAUCACUUCCAAAACAGGGCUUCGCCGUUGCCGGAAGAGUUGCAGGUUAAGAUGGUUGAACUAUCUUCGACCAGACAUCAAGCGCGGCAGCUUUGGAGUUGAUGAGGAUGAUCUGAUUAUCAGACUCCAUAGACUCUUGGGCAACAGAUGGACUCUAAUUGCAGGAAGGAUUCCAGGAAGAACAUCCAAUGACAUUAAAAACUAUUGGAACACUUACUUGAGCAAGAAGAUUCAAUCAGAAGCCGACAAAAGUGCAGGCUUGGUGAAACAUAACACCUGUACUUCAGCCGUGCAUUCUGAGACAUUGGGAAGUGAGUUUGAGACCUGCUCAGAACAAAAACAAGGAGAUGAGGAAGAAGAAGAUACAGUAUCAUUCUGGAGGAGACUUUUGUUAGAGGGAGAAUAUAGGGAACUUGAUUUGAGAGUGAAAAACAAAGAGAUAUUGCAGGUUGAACACGAAGAAGAAGAUGAUGACGACUUGUUUCAGGGGCUGGAUGAUUUGCUUCAUGAUGUGGACAUUUUAGAUUGCUUUGCUUAA